ACACACACACACACGCACGCACGCACGCACGCACACCCUGCGCCUGGCACAUAGAGAAAAACAGAAAGUCAGGUAGAGCUGCCUGUGGAGUUGUCCUGUCCUCUCCGAUUCCGUCGCCAUGUCUCUGCCCACCGUGUCCCGGCUGUUCAGGAGCGCGCUCAGGACUCAGCUGGUCCCCGUGGCCAAUGUGUCGGCCAAACCUGCCAAGCACCAUAUCUCUGCGGGGGAGCAGGCAAUAGCCAUGACUGCCCUGUUCGUGGCCAUCUUGGGUCCCUCCGGCUGGAUCCUGGCUCACCUGGAGGACUACAAGAAGAAGGAGUAGAAGAGGAGGAGAAGGAGGAGGAAGAAGAGGGAGAACAGAGACUCAUUCCGGCCCAGAUGACGAUGCAGAUCAGCCGGCCCCUCUCCCUCCAGGCCUCUCCCUCGCCUCCAUCUUUCUGCAGCUGAUCAGACCAGACGCCAGUUGUUUCUGCACUUCUGACCCGUGUUCAUGCACCUAUCUGUGCACCUGUCAACCUCUUACCAAUAAAUACCUGUUCCCUAUACAGA